AUGUCCUUCAACUUUUCAUGGCCGGCCUUUUCGGCAGAGUUUUACGAGAAUGCAAUACAGACACUCAAUACAGCCCUCAAUCGUGGGCAGAAGCCCAAGGCGAUUGUCGAUGACAUUGUUGUGCAAAGUCUUCAUAUGGGGACGGUCCCACCCGAACUAGAGAUUCUCGAGAUUGGCGACUUGAGCCGCGAUCGCUUUCGAGGUAUCUUCCGGUUUGUCUAUGCGGGAGAUGCGCACCUGGAGAUGUCUACUGGCGUGCAAGCGAAUCCGCUCGCGCGCAAUACUGAAGACAUGGGCUUGUUUGUGAGCCCUGCGACCUCGCGUGGCAUGCUCUUUGCCGCGCGGCCUCUGACCGUCCCGAUGCGGAUCAAGCUGUCCGACGUGCGACUACGUGCGAUUGUGGUGCUUGUCGUCUCACGUACGAAAGGCAUUACGUUGGUAUUCAAAAACGAUCCGCUGGAAAGUGUCAAAGUGAGCUCCACGUUUGAUAGUGUCGGUGUGAUCCAAAAGUAUCUGCAAGAAGAGAUCGAGACACAGCUUCGCGAGAUGUUUCGCGAUGAUCUUCCGACUAUUAUUCACCGGCUCAGUCAGGAUUGGCUUCGUACCAGCAUGGAUACGCCGCCAUCGGCCCCUCCUGCUGCGACGUCAGCGCCGCCGCCUACUGAACGCAACUUGGAAGCAGAUACGAUGCCCUCCCUCGAUGCAUGGGCGCAGGCGUCGCGGCUUGAGGACCCACUUGGCCUGUUGUCCUUGGACGAUACAGCGCUGCCUACCAGUGUCCCUAGUCUCACGCGGCUGGCUCUAUCGCAAAGCUCGCGUGGCUUAAAAGAUCUGAUUGAGCCCACAACGUCCUCCUCGUCGGCCUCAUCAACGCCCAUCCGACGACGCACUAUUCAUACGGCAGGGCGGGUCCGUACGCCUAUGAAGGUGGGCACGAGCACGCCGUCUACACCACGGACGCCAGCGAUGCCCAUGGGUCUGGAUUUGUCGGCGCACUUGGCCGAACUGCUUCGUGCGAAUCACACUCUCAGUCCGUACACGCCCAACCCUCGUCUCAUUGCGCUACGAACGGCGCCGAUGCCGCGUCAGCGCAAAGUGCGUAUGCAUGCGCGGCAGAAACGGGUGUUUCAUCUAUCCUAA